AUGAAUGCCACAUUUCCAUUCCAGAUCUACCCGGCCAUUCCAGUAGCAGUCACUGUAUUGGAGACAUGGAAAUGGCCCCUACUGAUGACGUUGUCCCCUUUGCUUGUCUCCUUAUUCUUUCAAGCUCGGCGCACAUCCCCCAUGGCACGAGGAGUAACACCCGGUGGUCCUUUUGGAAUCUUCACCCUCCAAACAAUUGUCAAGCAUAUCAAACAUAAUCAUUUCUAUGAAUGGAUGACGGUUUGUCUUGACCGUCCUGGCCACACGGCCGAAAUGACCAUCUUUGGCACCCGGUACAUCUUGACGGAAGAGCCGGAAAACAUCAAAGCCAUCUUCACCUCACAAGUCGAUACCAUGACCCUAUUUUCUACUAGCAAUGCUGAUCCGAAAGGCAGUUCAAAGCAUAUGGCAAAGGCGAUAUCGCCCAGAAAUCCCUCGGUCAUUUCGCUAGGGACACCAUAUUUACGGAUUGCUUCGAUCAAAGAGUCGGAUAUCCGAAUCACCGAAUGCCAUGUCAAACAGCUUCUAGAGAUCAUUGCAUCCAGUCCCGACCCCAUCGAUGUGUACGAUGCCGUCGACAAGGCUCAGCUGAAUGUGGCUCUCCAUCGAUUUCUAGGACAGAAAACCGUGGCCGAUAUUGACAUGUAUGAAAAGUUUCGGAAGGCAAAACACAUAAUCGGAUUUGCAGGCACCCUUCAGAUGUUUGUUGGCCCCAUCGGAGCCGUGGUGGGAUGGCUGAUUUCCCGUAAUGCGAAAAAGGAGAUUGACGCAUAUCUUGAAUCUCUUUUGGACAUGAUGUCGAGUCCUUCCCAGGGUUCGAAUCUCUUCAUCGAUGAUUCGGUCAAUGCAGAGCGAUGCCGGAGUAUUGCCGAGUCCAAGCCAACCAGAGAGCUUCUGUUGAUUCUCCUGCUCGCCGGAAAGGACCCAUUGGUGACGGGCAUUACCUGGACGCUCUAUCAUCUUGCCCAGCAUCCAGAAGUGGUGCAAAGGUUACGGACGGAGAUUGCCUCCAGUAUCGGAUAUGAUCGCCUGCCUAGUCUGCAAGAUCUCGACCAGAUGAGCUUCUUGAAGAACGUCAUCCGCGAAUCCUUGCGCCUCCAUCCUCCGGUCGGUUUCAACUUUCGGGAAGCCCUGAUCGACACCACGCUGCCUACCGGAGGAGGCGCGGAUGGUCAAGAAGCUAUCGUUGUUCCUAAGGGCAAUGUAGCGUUUGUCUCGGUCAUCGGAAUGCAACGGCGAUGUGCAUCCUCUAUCGGCAGUGAUGCGGAUGAGUGGCGGCCUGAUCGCUGGGGGAACUGGACGCCCCCGAAUGGAGAAUAUGUGCCAUUCAGCUUUGGCCCUCGAGUCUGUCCGGGCCAGGCAUUCGGACAGUUCCAGAUGGAGUACACGGUGGUGCGCAUUCUGCAGCGAUUCAGCGCGCUGUCAUAUCAUGGACGGGAGCAGGCGAUCAAAUUCGAGAUCAACACCAAACCUGCAUUCCCCACUCUGUGUCGCUUCCAUUCACGCGGAUAG